UUCCUUUGGUGAGCUGAUACAGCCAUAUGCAAAUGCUAGGCCGUGGAUGGAAACAGAAGGGAACCAUGAGAUGGAGAGUAUUCCAUUUAUUAAAUCUCCAUUCCAGUCAUACAAUGCAAGGUGGAAAAUGCCUUAUGCAGAGAGCGGCUUCACUUCAAAUCUCUAUUAUCCUUUUGAAGUUGCAGGUGUCCAUGUGAUUAUGCUUGGCUCUUAUACAGAUUAUGGUGAAUAUUCUGACCAGUAUGCUUGGCUAAAGGCUGAAUUUGGAUGCCCAUAUGGGUUUCCUACCAAAGUGCAGAAGACGGAUGUUGUGAAUGCUGAUGAACUUGAGUACAAUGAGCGGGUGGAUGAUUCAGUCUCCAAGCACCAGGUCAUCCGUCUCUUGUUUGCAUAUGAUUCCCGGCUGACAUUCCGCCUAUCUGGAACUGGCCCAGAAGGUGUCACAAUUAGGCUCUACAUUGAGCAGUAUGUGAAUAAUUCUUCAAGGAUUCGAGGGACUCACAGGAAGCCUCUUCAUGUACUAAUUUUGAAGCCAGCAUUCAAAGUCUUCGAUCCCGGAAUUUGUUUCCACCUUACCUCCAUUCUAAGUAUCGAGUCUCGACCGGAGUCGAGCUCUUUUUACGCAAGGGGAGAAUGAUGCGGAGCAUUUUAAGCAAAUAGUUCUCCUUAGGAAUAUCUUAUCUAGUUAUUAGUACUAGUUUCUAGAAUCCUCUUUUUGCUUUAUAAAGAGGAGAUUUUGUAAGGGGGAUUGCAUUGAAUGACAUAUUACUCUCUUUGAAGCUUAGAAAGCUUGUUCUUCUUCCCUGGAUUGGGAACUCUUUGAAAUCCUUCUUGCAGGUGUCGUCUUCCGCCGAUCCAC